CUAUGAUACUCUUGGUUUUAUAUCCACCCAGAUGUAUACAUUUUACACUCCGGGUAAAAACAAAAAAUAUACUCCAUAUUAAUGCCCUCGCAGGAUUAAAACCAGGCACUCGCCUGAAUUGAGAGGACUCCAACGGAAGAAUUCCAGGUUGACCACCAAGUGCAGACUGUGCAGAACGAGAAAAUAUAUUGGCCGGCAAAGAUGGAGCCGGAGGAAGUGGAGGUUGCGGAAGCAUAGCCCGGGGAAUAGAGGGGGUCGGUGUCCACGUGAAUGGAUCCGACGUGUUGAAUAAAGUAAGGGACGAUUCCGGCGGACUGAAGGAAUUCACCAUCGAUGAUGAUGGCGGCAUAACUGGAUUGACUGCAGGCUGCUCCAGCAUGCUAGAGGUGGGCGCCAUGUAUUAGACAGUCGGAGAAGAGAUAUUAGUAGUAGCAGGGGUGGAGACAGGGAGGGGCUGGAGGGGGCCACGGCUCUUGCAAGAAAAAAAUUAUGUAUAAAUACUUUUAAUCUAUAGAAAAUAUGUUAAUAUUUUAAACUUUGGCCCCUGAGAUGUAAAAUUUUUAAAGACCGGCCCCUUGAACAAUAGAUUUCUGGCUCCGCCACUGAGUAGUAGUGAUCAUGGUAGAGAAAGCGGUCCAGCCCAGCUGGUCGCCCACUCACUCUCCUUUAUUAUGGGAGUUCCCAUGUUCAAUUAUUAAUGGAGUGAGAUUGAUCUCAGUUUACCGCAAGCCCCCCAAACCCCCUCCUCUAACGCCCCUGGGUAAAACAACAACAAAAAAAGUGAUCAUGGUGGACUGCACAAUGGUCUGCGGCUGAGAGGCAGGCGACAUGGUUGCUACAACAGAGGAAGUCGGGCGGAAGUCAUAAUAAAAAAUAGAGAAUUACAAGAGUAUCCUUAAAUAGUUCUAUUGGCUUGAUGUUAUGGCCAAUUUCAUUUAGAUUUGGCAUAGAGGAGGCAAAGUAUCUAGCGAUUGACCGUAGCAGUGUAAUGAGACUACUUGUGAGUCAUGACUAGGUGUGGCCCUGGGCUUCUGAUGUCAAGUCAAGGGGCUGUCAGGCAAUCUAGGAAAGCCAAUGACGCUUCAAGCAAGAGUUAGGAUCAUGGCCAAUAAAAUGGGAGUCCAGCAAGCCAAGGGGUUGUCCAGUCACAAGGUAAGACUAAUGAAAGAUUCUUAAGUCUUUAAGAUUCUUUUAAAGUAAAAACCACCUUAAAUCCCUAUGCAAUUUCAACUCUGAAUCUAUAUGUUUUUUAGAUGUGAUAGAUAGUGUGUGUCUGUGUAUACAGUAGUACAUUGCGCACUUUUUAUGGUGAUUGUGUGGUGUAUUUAUUGUCAUCAGUAAUUCCCUUGCUACAUAAUAGCAGUACAUUCCCUUGCUACAUAAUAGCAGUACAUUGCUGAAAAAUGAUUUCCCUCCGAAUUUGUGAAUUGGUUUGGAAUCAUAAAUUUCUCAUGUUAUCUUAGCUUUGGUGAUAUACGUUUGUGUUAUUUUAAUGUGGCGUUGCCUUUAGAAAACUUUUGGCCUAGACGGUAAAAGUCUUAAGUAUUUCUACAAUUAUACUCAUGAAUAUUUGUGAAUAUUUGUUUUAACAAACCUCCGGUAAACUUUUAUAAAUCAUCUGGUGUUGAUUAGUAAGUUUAGUAGUUUAGUUUCACCAUAAAUACCAAUCAUGAGUAGAAUGAAUAUGACCUAUACUUUGAUACCUGUUUGCACCCAUUUUGCACCUCCAACUAGAUCUUUGUUAACAUCUUUUCACUAUAUAAAGGUCAUAUUUAGUCUAACAAUCUAAGGUUUCAUAGUAGUGUGUUAUGAUUGUUCACUAAGUUUUUCUAAUACUAUUAUGGCAUUGGAAAGGAACAGAAUUUUGAGGGAUAAAUUAGUUCGUUGCAGGUUGUCUAUACAUUUGGUGAUAUAAACUAUAAAGUAGUUACAAUUUAUUUUUUUUAUCGAUAAAUUUUUAUAUACAUCAAUUUUUUAUAUGUUGGUAUGUAAUAGAAAUAUUUUACUUUUUGCUAUAUCGUCAGAUUCUUAGUGAAAAAAUAAUAGCUAAUGCAUUUGUCAUAGAGCAUGUUUCGCAUGAGUUCUUUGAUAGAGUUUGCUAGCUAAUUAUGUUGAUUUGUCUAAAUGGAAAAGCAUUUUGUUAAACCCAUUUGUAAAAAGCAGGUUAGAUACACAUAACUUUCCAUCUUCAAUUGUCUCAUCUUAUUUAUCAAGCUUAUUGAUAGAAUAUAUAAUUGGUAGUAUAUAUAUUUGGUAGCUUAUAUUAUUGGUAGGAUAUAUGUACUUUCCUUUCUUGUAAUUACCUUUGUAAUCAUGUAUCUACGGUAUAAAUAAAGCCUUCUUGUUCUAAUAUUGUCACAUGGUAUCAGUCUGAUUUCUCCUAACCUUCUUGUUCUAAUGGCCGAUUCUGAGUGUCUUCUUCCCUUUGCCACUCUUGUCCAUAUGAUUACCAUAAAAUUAACCUAUUCCAUUUUUUUUUAAUCCCAAUGCACACCAUCCGAGGAUGGGGUAGGGACUGGGGAACACCCUACCUAUUUAUUAAUAAGGAAAGAUACAUAAUAGGAGGACAUAAUGCCGAGCCUACCAAGAAAAAUAUUAGAUUACAUACGGAUAACUAAUAGCAUCAAAUUUGAGAAUGCCUACAAAAUGAUUAAAGUGAUUUUGUGAUCUUUUUAUCUAGAUCUUAUUGUAGGCGAUGUAGUCUGCUGCUCUAUUGACACCCGGAUCAAUAUAUGAAAAUGUGAAGCGAUGACCGUUGUAGAGUCUUCGAAUUAGACAGAUAUGUGUCCAAUGGGUCCAGUGAUGUAAACUUUCUCCACGUAUAGCAUUACAAACCUGUAUAUUAUCCAGUGAUGACGCGGACUUCACAUUUCCAGUCUUUUUCAACAUGAAAGAUCACAUUGUAUAUGUGAAACAGAGGCCACAUCUUAGGUCAUUUCUGGAGAGAGUUGCAGAUAUGUUUGAAAUUGUAAUAUUCACAGCAAGUCAAAGCAUUUAUGCAAAACAGCUACUGGACAUACUGGAUCCUGACGGAAAAUAUAUUUCAAGGCGAGCUUAUCGUGAAUCAUGCAUCUUUUCCGAUGGUAGCUACACUAAAGACUUGACAGUGUUGGGCGUUGAUCUUGCGAAAGUUGUAAUAAUUGAUAAUUCCCCACAGGUUUUCAGGUUACAAGUGAACAAUGGCAUUCCUAUUAAGAGUUGGUUUGAUGACCCUUUUGAUUCUGCACUAAUUUCACUUCUGCCAUUUCUUGAGACAUUGGCAAAUGCAGAUGAUGUUCGUCCUAUCAUUGCUGAGAAAUUUGGUAACAAGGAAUAAGAGUUACGCUCGCAGAUCCUUUAACAGAUCCUUGUCUUUUCCGUCCUUUUAAAAACAUUUAGGUGCU